UGGCAACAUAUCAGUAAUUCAUUUCGUGAUAUGUUGCCAAUUUGUUGUUUUUAAAUAUUAUUAUUAUUUUUUCGACAUCGCGUCUACUACACACUCUCGCUAAACUACACUCACGUUGCCACAAUCUUCAUGUGCCAAUCCAUCAUUAAUUAUCUCUUCAUGUUUUAUGGACAAUUCCAAAUUUGAGUAAUAUGGCGGCUAAUGUCAAUGAUGAUGUGGUACCAGACAGCGUACUCUCAAGAAUGAGUAGAACUCUGCGAGAAGUGGAAACACUGAUUUUGAACGAUGAACGUGUAUUGGCGAAGGUAAAGUUGGACGCAGUGAAAGUAAACCUCGAAAGAGUAGCCGCUGGUCUCGCUGUCGAAAUGCAUGGUUAUCUCAAAGAAUGUGUUAACAAAUUGUUGGAUAUCUGCCAGCGCGAGGAAGGGGAUGAACAUGAUGUUGAUGAUGACCAUGAGGCAAGUAGUAACGGUAGUAUGGCAAGCCGUAUAAUUUCGGAAAUUCAUUCCGAAGUUGGAUCAAAGUACUAUACCAUGAUGUAUCAAGUUCAGUUCUGGUAA